UUGGGUUGGAGGCGGAGCGGGACUUUUCCUCUCUGUCACUCCCUCUUCCCACCACCGCCCCCCCACCCGUUUGGCCUUCCCGUCUCUCUCGGGGAAAACUCGGACUCCCAGUCUAUAUUUAUAUAUGUACAGCCCGUUGUUUAUUAAUAAAUCCGGUGGUGCCGUUUUUCCUUGAUUUUCCGCCCCCUUCGCCGCCUCAGCCGCCGCCGCCGCCUUCACGGAGGAAACCCGAGCUGAAGAGGCCCGGAAAAGGGGCGGCCCGACCCGAGCGGAAAACCCGAGCCUUUCCGGGCGUUCCGGAACACCGUGGAAAAGAGGCUCGUUUUUCCAGAUUUGGCCGAUUUUGAAAGGAAAAGGACUCGAAGAGCUCUUUCUUCGUCUCGUUCGCGUCCGUUCCGGCUCUUGGAGGAAAUUCGAAGGCGAGGCUCGACUUUUUGACUCGACUCGAUCUCCGGACCCUCACGAAAAAUUAACUUUUAUGCAUAAAGUGAAGAAAAAAAGCUGCUGAAGUGUCCGCUUCUCGCCCUUGCAUUGACUAAAGAGAGAGAAUCGACUGCCCGGAUGUGCGGCAUUGGACGGAUCGCACCCUCUGGGGUGUGCGGUUGAGCGGAUCUGUGCUGAGCUCGCGUACACCGGGGACUCGGACAUGGGCUGCUUCGGCUCUGCGGCCUCCAGGGCCGACCAUGAGGAGACAAAGAGGAGUAAGGAGACCAACAAGAAGAUCAACCAGCAACUGCAGAAGGACAAGCAAGUCUACAGGGCGACGCACCGGCUGCUUCUUCUCGGCGCUGGUGAAUCAGGAAAGUCGACUAUAGUGAAACAAAUGAAAAUACUCCAUGUCAAUGGGUUUUCCCCAGAGGAAAAACGACUUAAAAUAGAAGAUAUAAAGAAAAACAUAAGGGACGCGAUUUUGACUAUAACGGGAGCGAUGUCGACUCUCAGCCCUCCAAUAGCUUUAGAGCAUCCUGAAAACCAGGCCAGGGUGGACUACAUCCAGGACGUCGCUUCCCAGCCGGAUUUCGAUUAUCCACCCGAAUUUUACGAGCACACAGAAAUACUUUGGAAGGACAGAGGUGUUCAAGCGUGUUUCGAGCGAUCAAACGAAUACCAGUUGAUUGAUUGCGCCAAAUAUUUCCUUGAUAGAGUAAAUGUUAUAAAACAGGCUAACUACACACCCUCAGAACAGGAUAUUUUGAGAUGCCGUGUGCUCACAUCUGGGAUAUUCGAGACUAUAUUCCAAGUGGAAAAAGUCAAUUUUCAUAUGUUUGAUGUGGGUGGUCAGAGAGACGAAAGGCGUAAAUGGAUCCAGUGUUUCAAUGAUGUGACUGCUAUCAUAUUCGUAACCGCGUGCUCGUCCUACAAUAUGGUACUUAGGGAGGAUCCGACCCAGAACAGGCUCAGAGAAUCUCUCGAUCUUUUUAAAAGUAUUUGGAACAAUCGGUGGUUGCGAACAAUAAGCGUAAUCCUUUUCCUGAACAAGCAGGAUCUUCUGGCAGAGAAAAUCAAAAGCGGGAAAUCACGACUUGAAGACUAUUUCUCCGAGUUUUCAAGAUACGAGACCCCUGUAGAAGCGGAAGCUGGGAACGAAGACCCAGCUGUUGUUAGGGCAAAAUAUUUUAUUAGGGAUGAAUUCUUGCGUAUUUCAACAGCUUCGGGGGAUGGGAAGCAUUACUGCUAUCCCCAUUUUACUUGUGCUGUUGACACAGAAAACAUACGGAGGGUCUUCAAUGACUGUAGGGACAUAAUACAACGUAUGCACCUUCGCCAAUAUGAACUGUUGUAAAUUAACACAAUAGGUAUUUAUCGUAUAUAUAUAUUUAUAUAUAUACGAUAACAACAAUGAUGUCAAAUUGAAAAGAUAAGUGUAUUAAGGUAACCGAUUUCUUUUCUUUUCUUUUUUUUUUAAAUUGUUUCGUUCUUAAUGUUUGAUUAAGAUUUUUAAAUGAAUGUCAUCCCUUAGCCCUGCUCUACAUAUUAAAAUAACAGUCGAGAAUAAAUUAUUAUUCCAUUUUUGAAUUCUUUUUAAAUGGGGAGAUUUUUGCAUAUUGUGGUAUCUUCCAGUUGGCUGUUGAGGUUUGUGAUGCACACUGAGAGCCUUCCCCCAUCCUUCGUUUGCCAGCGUACGACCCAUUACAAAAAAAAAAAAAAAAAAAAAAAAUGAAAAAGUAAAAAAAAAGACAAAUAUUGUUUUAAUAGUUUGAAAAAUUUUAACUUUGCAUCAAUUAAGUCUUAAAUAUAUGUUUUCAACUUAAGUCAAAAUCGUUUAAACAAAAGUGUGCAGUUUAAAAUCCAAGGUAUUAACUUUUUUAAAUAAAACCUAAACGUUUAGAGUACUAACAAUAUUUCAAACUUGAAAAUGCUUCCCUUAGUGUAAAAAUCCAAACGAGAUUUUAUUUCCUUUUUCAAAACACAUUUUUAAGUUAAAAAAAGAGAACAAUUUGGCAAAUGUAAUGUUAUAAAAAUUGACAGAAACAGCUGUUAUAAGAGCUACUUGCAAUAUUUAAUUAGAAUCGAAAAUAUUAGAAUUCAAUGUUAGCAGUAAAAA